GGAAUGGAGAGGCUCGCAGCGCAGACCCCGCGGUGCGGCUCAUUGUGAGAUCUGAUGUCGGGCUUUAAUCGAUAAAAAUGCGAGUGUGAGGCUUCAGUGCGGGUCUGAGCUGAGCUGGAGAGCGGUGUGUAACCUGUUAGAGUGCCGUUGUGUGUUUAAAGUCGUGCAGGAGGGGUUUAUUAGUAUAAAAAAGAAAAGAAAGAGAAGAGAGGAGAAGAGAAGGAAAAUGACGACCACCACCACGUUUCAGGGGAUGGACCCCGAGGCCAAGAGCAGCUCCAGGGUUCUCCGUCCACCAGGUGGAGGCUCCAACAUCUCCUUUGGCAAUGAGGAGGAGAAACCCGCCGCUCGCAAAAACAAAAUGGCUUCCAGUAUUUUCGCAGAACCUGAGGAUCCACACGCUCAUCGGAGGAACAACCCGCCAGGUGGGAAGCCCACAGGUGUGUUAUGUGGAGAAUCUUCAGCGCCGCUCAGGAGGUGUGCCCAGCAACCUGCCAAUCAAACCAGUGAUGCACAACUCGAGCCUUCAUCAUCAGUGGUGAACGGAGACGAUGGAAAGAACAGCGAAAUGAUGGAGGCGUUUGAGGCAGUAGAGGAAGUGGAGGCGACUCAGAUGGAGAAAUCUGGCCCGAGUGUGUCUUCUGAUAAUAAUCCUCCAGGACGCAGAAACCCUCCUGGGGGCAAAUCCUCCCUCAUUCUGGGCUGAAACACACCCAUGCCACCCCCACAACACCCCCCCCCUCCCCCUACACACACACUUUCUCUCUCUCUCUCUCUCUCCUCCAGCUGCACCGCGCUUCAUCCAGAGCCAUGUUUACAAGCAACUUUGUGUGUGUGUUUGUGUGUGUGUUGUAAACCCAAGUCUCGGUCCUGUUUGCGCUCUGUAUCGCUCCCACACGGUGUGUUUUUUCUCGUGAUUGUGUAAGAGGAUAAAUUGCUACUCUGCUCCACUUCCUGUCUAUUUGUCCUUCCUGAGUGUGUUAGUUCUGGAUCAUGUUCAGUCCUACACACAAACACACACACACACACACACACACCUGUCACAUGAGUCAUGUUGAAUUUCAGCAGUUCUUUUGUCCCAGACGGUGGAAAGCUGAAGGCUCCUGUCUCGUCUGUCUCAUUUUUGGGUUUAUACGGAUUUAAAAAUGUUUGUGUGCAUUUCUACGUUCAAUAAAGUAUUGCUAUGAAAUGAA